AUGAAGGCUAAGGACGCGACGGCGUCUGAGGCCCUGGGGGACCACCAGAUGGCGAGCACAACCCGCAACAUGAACAACGAAAAGGUAAUCGAUCCGAAUGCAGGGAGGAGCAUCACAUACAGACUCGGCCCUCCGAACAGCGAGAGGUCGACCAGCAGGCCUGAAACACAGAAGAAGGCCGCCAAGUUGAGAAAACAGGCCAAGCAGAGCCAAGGAAACUUUCGCCUCGGCUGCUGCAAAUGGUGGCAUCUGGCAGCAAAUAACGUGGGCUUCCCGCCCAUGAUGUUGUUAAUGCUCAUCCGGUAG